ACGAACGGCUUUUUGCCGAGAUUUUCCAAGAAGUUGUGUGAAAACAAUGCUUAUCAAAGAAGUGUGUGAAAAUUUCGACUAUUAUUGUAAAAAGGAAAACUUCACCGAAGAAGAUUUAAAGUUUCCUUAUGACUUCUGGCACGAGUAUAAUCGGUCAAUAAUUGAUGAAUACGGUAUUAGAGAAGAAGAUAUUUUACCUUUUCUUUCAGAUAAUCAUAGUACAUUACGAACAAUUCAAUUGGAUGAUUUAUUAAGACAGAGGAACUGUUAUUCUAUUCAGCCUGAAGUUUAUAUGGAGCGGUAUAAGAUGCACGAUAUUAUUGAUAAUGAUACAAAAGCAAUUGGUUCACUUUUUAUAAGAUUUAACCCCGAGGAAACGACUUAUCCAGGUAAGCCAAUUAGUGUCGUAGCAUCAUUUCAUUCUAAAGAUGACAUCGUCAAUCCAUUUAUAAGUGGAAUUACUAUGACUCCAGGAAACGCAUACAUCGUCCAGUUAACACCCAUUGUAAAAACUCUUUUACCUUCUCCAUUCAGCACAAACUGCGAAAACUACUUCGAUUCGCAAAACAAUUCAUUUUCAUUCCCUCGCUAUCGUUGUCUGGCGGAAUGUAAAAAAGAACUCUCGCUGAAAAAAUGUGGGUGCAUAUUAUCUGAUUAUCCUUUUGUUACUGAUGAAGUUUGUGAUAGUUUGGAAUUUCUGAAUUUUCCUUGUUCAAUAAACAUGAAAUUCUGCACGGAUAAAUGUCCAAAAAGUUGCGAGUUUACAGUGUUUGAAUACAGUGUGAGAGAAAAAACAUUCGAUUCUAAAAUGUUUAACGAGAAGGUACUGAAAAGCAGAGAUGAGUAUGCCAGAAUACAUUUAAUAUUUAAAACUCGAGAAUUAUAUACAUACAGUUUAAAACCCAAGUUUCAGCCCAUCGAACUGUUUGGCUACGUCGGAGGAUAUAUUGGGAUUUGGCUGGGAAUAUCUCUGAUCGCAGUUUGCGAUUUCCUAGAAGCCAUCUUUAUUUAUUUCUAUCAUAUUAUUACCAGAAGAAUUCCUAAUAUAAAACUCUUUUCGCUCUGAUGGCACUAACUUGGCACUAAGAUGCAGACUCCCUCACCGCCUCUGUUAUCUGGAGAAAGUUAUACGGUUACUUAACUACUUAAAUAUUUAAACUUCUAUAUUUGUUGAAGUAAUGCUACAAUUAAUUUCCAUCAGGCAUCAUACAAACAACGAAAAAGUAAUAUUUAUAGGCUGGAAUUCUAUAACAACUCUGCUCGAAAUUAUUCAUAUUUAACCUAGAAAAGUUGAGAGGCAAAUAUGAUAGAAUAUAUUAAAAAUCCAAGCAGUAAAGAU